UCGGGCACAGCUCUGCUUGGGAACCCUGGUUCAAUAAAUGCUUCAGAUGGUUAGAGGCUUUCUGAAUCGGCCGGUCUUCAUCUGAAAUUUUUCAAUAAAACGUGGAGUUUGAGCAGCCCGCCCUGAGUUGUUGGACUUUGGCUCCAAACCAGACUCCCAGUUAAAGACACAAGAACACGAGGUUGGGUGAGCCACGGCCCUGGAGGGUUGGUGAGCGCGACCGGAGGCCGGUUUAGGAACGGUUCGUUUGGACAGGAUGCGGACGAAGGAAAGGAGGAAGGGCUGCUCAGAAUAAGGUCUUCUCUUGAAUCGGCAGCGACGCCCCCGGCGCGUGCACAAAGGCUCCGACGGCGGCCGGCGGGGACUGCCGAGCGCGCGGGAGCCGGCGCCAGAGGUCGCCUGUGCGCGACCUAGCCAAGCCCCAGGCACCAUGCCGCGGCGCCUGCAGCCCCGGGGAGCAGGCACAAAGGGCCCGCCUGCCACAACCUUGGCGGCUUCGGAGGCCGCCUCGCGUCCCCAUCCCUCCGCCUCCGGGGACCCCCCAGCAUCGGCCAAGCCGCUGCUGCGCUGGGACGAGGUGCCCGACGACUUCGUGGAGUGCUUCAUCCUGUCGGGCUACCGGCGGCUGCCAUGUACGGCGCAGGAGUGCCUAGCCUCGGUACUGAAGCCUACCAACGAGACGCUCAACUUCUGGACGCACUUCAUCCCGCUACUGCUGUUCCUGAGCAAGUUCUGCCGCCUGUUUUUCCUGAGCGGCCAGGACGUGCCCUUCCAUCACCCAUGGCUGCUGCCGCUGUGGUGCUACGCGUCGGGCGUGCUGCUGACCUUCGCCAUGAGCUGCACGGCGCACGUGUUCAGCUGCCUGUCGCUGCGCCUGCGCGCUGCCUUCUUCUACCUGGACUACGCGUCCAUCAGCUACUACGGUUUUGGCAGCACGGUGGCCUACUACUACUACCUGCUGCCGGGCCUGAGCUUGUUGGACGCCAGAGUGAUGACACCGUAUGUGCAGCAGCGCCUGGGCUGGCACGUGGACUGCACACGCCUCAUUGCUGCCUACCGCGCGCUCGUGCUGCCCGUGGCCUUCGUGCUGGCUGUGGCCUGCACGGUGGCCUGCUGCAAGAGCCGCACAGACUGGUGCUCUUACCCGUUUGCGCUUCGCACUUUUGUCUUCGUCAUGCCGCUCAGCAUGGCCUGCCCCAUCAUGCUCGAGAGCUGGCUCUUUGACCUGCGCGGUGAGAACCCCACGCUCUUCGUGCACUUCUAUCGUCGCUACUUCUGGCUAGUGGUGGCCGCCUUCUUCAAUGUGAGCAAGAUCCCCGAGCGCAUCCAGCCAGGCCUCUUUGACAUCAUUGGCCACAGCCACCAGCUCUUCCACAUAUUCACUUUUCUCAGCAUCUAUGACCAGGUGUACUAUGUGGAGGAGGGCCUGCGCCAAUUCCUCAAGGCGCCGCCUGCUGCACCCACCUUUUCUGGCACAGUGGGUUACAUGCUGCUGCUGGUGGUCUGUCUGGGGCUGGUCAUCAAGAAGUUCCUAAACAACUCGGAAUUCUGCAGUAAAAAGUGAACCUUCGCCUUGGAGGAGGCCGCUGGUUUGCUCACCUAUUUGUUUGGAGUUUCUGUUGUUGCUACUGUUGGUUUGUUUUCAAGUUUUGUUGUGUUUCCUUCUUUGCUCGAGGAAGGUGCUGCAAAACCACAGGGAAAAAAUCCAAUGCAACAAGGGGGUCUCAGUGCACUUGGGGCUUUUGAAGAGGGAGGUGGUUCCAGCAGGAGGGAGCGGGUCACUGGUUCUUGCCCCUGGAAAAAUUCUGGUGGUGUCUCUGACAUCCAGAGGCAGUGAGGAAAAUCCCAAAUAAAACCCCAAACAGUUUGGUUUUCUGGUCACUUUCUGUGCCAGUGGUAAUGACAAGUAGCCCUUGUGAGGUCAAGUAUGCAGUAAAGAGGGUAAGUAGACAAAAUCGUUGGGUACUUCCAUUUCAGUCUGAGGAAUGCUUGGAUUUGUCAAAAGAAUGGAGCUUUGUAGGAAACGGGCACAAAGACACAAACCCAGGGCUUAACCUACUAGAAAAUGCAUGGAAUGUGAACACAAGUUAAUUAUCUCAAAAUGUUUCUCAGAUGUUAUUUAAAUAGUAAUAUAUACAAUGAUUUUUCAUGAUUUAUCAAAGCCUGUGAUAUGCACUGAAUUGUCUGUUACAUAGUUUUGAAUUUUGCAGCCUUUCUGCAUUGCAUACACUUGAACUGGACAUCAGGGCAAGCUGCUUGAGAAUUCUCAACUACUUUUUUAAACAGUGUUUUCUGAAGGUGUAUGUGUGUCAUGAUACAACUGUGAAUUAUUCUACCUUAGGGACUCUGGUUAAACUAUUGUUGAGGAGCUCAGUGGUUUGUAUACAUCCCAGAUUCCAAUUUACUUUAAUGUAUUCCACAAAACCUUUCUUAUUUUUUGUUUUGCUUUUGAUUUUAUUGUUUCCUUCUCUAAUUAUUUAAAUUGCCACUAGAAUAAUGUGCCUUUUGAAGGAAUGCCCAAAGGACCGGUCCUCAAACAUAGUUUCAUGCAUGGGGAGAGCAGUAAGAAUAAGCUUUUCUUACUUUACUGCAAAUCAGGGUCUAACAUUCCACCCAGAAGAGAAGGAAGAUGGUGUUGAUUUUAAGUUUUUGGUAGGACUGGAAGUAGCUUACCGGGACCUGCAGAGCAUUUGACUUCUCUAAGAGAAGGAGUCAACCCGCUAAAGUGGCUGUGGUUCUUAAUGCAGCCAUUGGGGGAAGGUGAGAGGAAACUGUUCUACACCGAUGCCAUUUAUCCUUGCUUAAAAUUCAAAAUAUAAUAUGCAGGAAUAACUGAGGCAGUUAAAUUAUGGAAGUCGGGAGCAUAUUACUUGAGUUGUAAUUGAAAAUGUUGAGUUAAAUAACAUUAACUUUGCAUAGUUAAAACCCUGAAGUCUCAUUUGGAUCCCCACUAUGGAAAUGAAUGGCAGUGGCCCUAAGUCGUUGAAAAAUUAGUGAAUGUGCUCCUGCGAUCCUUCCUAACAACAACAUUGGCCAAUGUUAUUUAAGACAUUUCUCAUAAAUAACCUGUACUUGAGAUAACAACUCUAGGUUAACACAAAACCACUGAGGUGGCUUAUUGAAAUACUUAUCACACUUCCUGAUAAGUUCUUUUGGUUAAGAGCCAAAUAAGUCAUUGAAUGGGGAGUCUUGACUUCAUAGUAUAAUUUAGAUCAAGCACAUAAGGUAGAUGAACACUUACCUCAGCACUGGUAGGCUGGAUCUCCUUAAAAGAUCUGUUUUUGUUUAUGCUUUUAAUCUCUACUGUAUUUGUAAACAGAGAGGCUUGGCACAAUUCCCUGGAGUAACCAGUAUUCUUGUGUGUUAAUCUGCACACAGAAGUUAACUUUACAUAUGUCUAUAUUUAAUUUAGAACCUCUUAAUGGGAUUGUAAAUACACUUUGCACAUUUGCUGAUGGGUGUCUGUCCAAUCUUACGCAAAGUGCAAGGAGGUUCCCCUUAGGUGAUAGAGGCUGAGAAUUUGUGCCUAGCACAGAUGUUUUUCCUCAGCUAUAACUUAACUCAGUGCAUGUAUUCAAGGACAGUUGUGGAAAUCAGGAUAUUUCCACAUGCAAACUUAUUUGCAUGUCAUUGCUGUCUCUUCUAGAGCUCCAAAGAAUGUUAGUGUGGAAGCUAGAGAAACAGGUUGAAGAGUGGUAGCUUCCUUGUAAAAUGGGACCUCCCCUUUCAGAUGGAACUUUCAAGGGACAGAUUCUAAAAAGGGUCCAUGAGUUUGAGAACAAGAAAUAAACCCCAUAUUUGUCAUUUUAAACUUUUGUAGAUGUUCUGGGUCUACAAAUAGAAUUAUCUUCUUGCCCUGUGUCUUUGUCCUUAAACAGAGGCCACUUAAGGAUAAAUUUAUACCCAUAUCAUUUUCAAGUGAUUAUGAUGCAUGAACCCAGUAAGGUGACACAGUUUUCCCCUGAAAGUUUUCAGCACCCCGUAUGUCCCAGAGUGAAUGAGGACUCACUUUCCUUCCCUUUGCCUUUUCCUUCCUCCACUUUGCUUUCCCUCAUUCCAUCUCAGUUUUUAUGUACCACAUAUAACAUUGAUAAAAGGACAUUCUGGUGGAAAACAAUGGUUUGACUUCACUUCAUAUUUGCAAAUAGAUACCAUAUAUGCUAUAAAGGACCAGGGAUGAUUUGUGAAACUAUGUAUGUUAUUUGCUAAAUUAUAUCAGAUUUCUGUCCAGAUGAAUGAUGAUAUUUUAGAAGCAGCAAAUAUUUACUGAGUUUCCAUUUGCAUGAAACUAGCCAGGUAUAUUAUUACAUAUUUCAGGGGUAACACGGCAGUCAGAAUAAAAUAUCUUUAAAAAAUA